AUUCAAUCCAUACGGAUAUACUACCAGACUUUACAGAACGACACCCAGCGAAGGGAGAAAAGAAAGAGAAAGCGAAUUGAACAUGGCCGCCUCACUAGCCCCCGAGUGCAACGAGAUCAAAGAGAAAUACGAUACCUGUUUCUUGAAAUGGUACAGCGAGAAAUACCUCCGAGGAAACACCACCUCCAAUGAAUGCGAGGAGCUCUUCUCUAAGUAUAAGGCUUGUUUGAGUAAAACCCUCAAAGACAAAGGCAUCGACACGAUGCUAGAAGACGUGCGCAAGGGGAACAAGGAGCUUGAUGCGGAGUUUCUGAAGCGUUAAUUACUUAUUUAUUUCUAUCUUACUUACUAUUGAUUUACCUAUUGAUGAUUUUGGACUGUUUAAG